AUGCACAAAUCAUCAGAGCAAGAAUUCACUGCCCCUAAAAAGCUGUGGCUGCCAUUCGAGAUAGUCUCUCAAAUUAUCAACGAAUAUGUCUCCAAAUUGACGUAUUCUCGAAAUGAAGACAUCGAUCUUGCUUCAGACCCAUGUCUUGACCACAAAUCAAGAACUGAACUGCUCAGCCUUCGAUUAGUUUCGAAACUUGGUCAGAAGGCUAUAAUUCCAUUUGCUUUUCAUACUAUCCGACUUCGUUCUUCCACAGCGGUUCAAGUCAUUCUCGACAAUUGGUCAAAGAUUCAGGCUCCUGAUUGUCCUUGUCCGGUAAAACGUCUUAUAAUUCAAGAUCUGAUCUACAUAGGUCCUAACGAUUAUAUGAGCUUGAAGAAAGGUCGUCGAAGACAAUAUCCUAUCUUUGUGGAUCAGGCAGCAAAAUUAAUCGAGUUAAUUGGUGAAAACUUAAACGAGUUGAAAUUGUUCUUUAUCGAUUCUUUCGGGAUUUCUCCAAGCUUAGUUGAGGCUGCAAAACGCAUUACAAAUCUAAGAAAGUUGAGCUUACUAGACCUACAGUGCACUACAAGAGAUUGGGCCUACGAUCCGCUAUUGUUAUCCGAUUUCUUUCUGGCUAUGCCCAGGCUCGAAGCGCUCACCCUGCUAAAAGUUGAUGUAAUCAUAUUGCCAAUGAAUCCACCAGCCUUAUCAAACUUACGAUAUCUCAACUUUGGAUACUUUGAUAGUAACCGGGAUGCAAUCACUCACAUCUGUCAAACGGCGAAAGAUAGUCUGAAGAUCAUCAAUUUUCGCGGACAGAUCCGAGAGCCCGGACGGGUUUUUGGUCCAAUUGUCAACACACUUGAAGGUCUUAUCACUCGCGCAGUUACCGUUGAUAUCCCAGAGUCUCCCAUCGAUAUGAAUUUUCCAAAACUUCGUCUUUUACGCACUCGGUUGUGUCAUGAUCCCCAUGCUUAUGGCAUGUUUAUCAGACAUGAACAUUUCCUGAUCUGGCCAAUCUUUCGUACCAUCCGAACACUUGUUUUGGAUUCUUAUGGAGGUCCAGCUUAUCUAGCAAGCCACUUGCGAUACUCAGGGGAAGAUCCCUUUCGCAAUACGCCUAACUUGAGACAUAUCAUCUUUGUUUUGACGCUCAACGCUACCAAAGUUGACUUGAGACUACUUGGUCAAGCUCUCUCCUCUCACGGGAUUCAAUGUCAUAUCAAGCCUGAAUCAACGCCUGAAGAAUUAAUGUGUAGUUCAUAUGAGUUGAUAUACUUUGGUCAACAGGAACUUGAUUUGAAGCUCAAUGGGCCAGUGAAAUGA